UUUAUGAUAUGAAUCCAAAAAAUUCAGACUUUCAAUGUAAGACUUUAGACGGAAGCGCCCCUUGUAGAUCUCAUCUCCUCUUCCAAAUAUUAUAUUCACAAAUUGCAAUUCGCAGGUACCGUAAUUUGAAGAUCAAGCACAGCCCCGUUUACCAGUUUCUUCUUCUUCCAUAGAUGCAAAAACCAAGUUCAUGCGUCUGCAUUAUUCCUUUCGUACGCCCCUUUUCAUGGUUUUUCUAGAUCCCAUUUCUCCAAAAAACCCAAAUGUUUUUUCUUCUCAUCAAUAAUGCGUAAUUGAUUCGCCCCUUGGUUCUCCUACGCCUGCUUCUGCCUCUGACGGAGGGUUGUUCAGCAAUGGGGAUUUCACCGAGGGUUUUCAUUUUUUCGAUUCUCUGCACCAUCCCUUGGGGGUCUCUCGCGAUAGAGAAUUUCCAGCAAGCAUUUCCAAUUGUGGAACCUGAUCCUGGCCACACAAAACUUCGGCUUUCUAGAGAAGGUUUAGAGGCCAUUGAGAGAAUAACAAACCCAAUUGCAGCUGUUGCGGUCAUUGGCCCAUACCGAUCUGGAAAAUCUUUCUUGCUUAACCAACUUCUCUCUCUUUCUUGUUAUGAAGGGUUUGGUGUAGGACACCUGCGUGACACCAAAACAAAAGGGAUCUGGGUAUGGGGCAUUCCUUUGGAGUUGAUGAUUGAUGGAGUCAAAACUUCUGUUUUUUUCCUCGAUACAGAAGGAUUUGAAAGUGUUGGAAAGUCAAAUGUAUAUGAUGAUCGGAUCUUUGCUCUGGCAACUGUUCUGAGUUCUGUGCUUAUCUACAACCUGCCAGAGACUAUCCGUGAAGCUGAUAUUUCUAGAUUGUCAUUUGCUGUUGAGCUUGCUGAAGAAUUCUAUGGGAGAGUGAAGGGACAAGAUGUUGCCUUUGAGCCUGCUAAGCUGCUGUGGCUUAUCCAGCGUGAUUUUCUACAAGGAAAAACUGUGCAAGAAAUGGUGAAUGAAGCUCUUAGGCAUGUGCCUAAUAGGGAAGGAGACAAAAACAUUGAUCUGGUAAACCAAAUUCGAGAUUCUUUGGCUAUUAUGGGAGAUAAUAGUACAGCCUUCAGUUUACCACAACCUCAUCUCCAAAGGACAAAGCUUUGUGAUAUGAAAGAUGGUGAGCUUGAGCCAACAUAUGUUGCAAGGAGGGAAGAGUUGAAAGAGCUUGUUACGAGCAUUAUCCGUCCAAAGAUUGUGCAGGGAAAAUCUUUGAAUGGAAAGGAAUUUGUAUAUUUUUUAGAACAGAUUCUUGAAGCAUUGAACAAGGGGGAAAUUCCAUCUACCGGAUCCCUUGUUGAGGUUUUCAACAAGGGCAUUCUUGAGCGAUGUCUGAAAGUAUACAGUGACAGAAUGGCAACAUUGCAUUUACCUAUGACAGAGCAAUCUCUGCAUGGUGCCCAUGAAACACAUCGAGCAGCAGCAAUGCAAGCUUUUGAUGAACAACAUUUCGGCCGUCACCAUGCAAAGAAAUCAGUCGUACAACUUGAUGAAGAAAUUGACAAGGUGCAUAGUAAUGUUAUAUUGGCAAAUCAAUAUCAAUCCUCAAAGCUCUGUGAAGAACUUUAUACGAAGUGUGAAGAUCAAAUGGACCACCUUCAAGCUCUAAGGCUUCCAUCAAUGGCAAAAUUCAAUGCAGGUUUUCUGCAAUGCAACCAAAGUUUUGAGCUAGAGUGUGUUGGCCCUUCAAAAGAAAACUAUGAGCAUCGCAUGUCAAAGAUGUUGGGGAAGUCACGAUCUCUCUUUAUCAAGGAAUACAAUCACAGGCUUUUCAAUUGGUUGGUGGCCUUUUCUCUUGUCAUGGUGAUCGUGGGAAGGUUUAUUAUAAAGUUCUUUUUAAUUGAAAUUGGGGCAUGGAUGCUAUUUAUCUUUUUGGAGACAUACACAAGGAUGUUUUGGUCGGCCGAGAAUCUUUAUUACAACCCCAUUUGGCAUUUUAUUGUAGCCACCUGGGAAACAAUCGUUUAUAGCCCCAUCCUGGAUUUGGACAGAUGGGCAAUCCCAUUGGGUGUGUUGGCUGGUGUUUUGGUUGUUUACUGGAGGUGUUGUGGAAGAAGAAAAUAUGGGUCCACCCAUUGGCUCUUACCAUUGUAUAACAAUCCCAAAAGUGGUUCACAAAGGCCAAGAUCAGACUGACCAAUCAUAAAUCUCUUGCUUUUCUUCGAGCAGUUCACUGCUACUUCUUUUUGAUCUUUCUGGCUGGCGAGCUCUUCACCUUUUUGAUACACGAAGCGCGCCAAAGCUUCAAUUGUAGUUAGGAACGAAUUUUAGACAGGUGAUUUAUAUCUCAAUCUGUAGUGAUAGCAUAUCAGAAAAAAAUGGAGAAGCAAAUGUUGUUGUCCGUC